CUCAGCACAAAACAAUUUAUUUUCAUUAAAAAUAAGUAAACAAGCGAAAAAACUAGUACACCACUACUUUGAUAGGUGUUUGUGUAUACAUAUAUAUGUUGAGGCAUAUAUAUAUUGAAACUGUGGUCGAGUGUAGAUUUUCUUACACCUACAUUUGCAUAUUUAUACCUUUUGAUUUGGGAGCGAACAUGGUCGGACCUACGUUCUCGGUGGAUAUGAACAAACCACUUGCAUUUCAGGUGGGACAUCUUGGAGAAGCUUAUGAUGAAUGGGUGCACCAGCCUAUAGUCGCCAAAGAAAGCCCCCGCUUUUUCCAUAACGACUUUAUUGAGCGUUUUACGCGAACCCCAUGGUGGGUUGUUCCUCUCUUUUGGCUACCGAUAGUGUGGUGGCUCGUAUCGUCGAAGAACGGAAGCCAUUUAGUGGUGGCCGGAGGCGGAGUAUUAUUAUUUUCUUUGCUCGAGUACUGCUUGCAUCGCUUCCUCUUCCACUUCAAAACAACCACAUAUUGGGGAAACACAGUUCACUAUAUCCUCCAUGGCUGCCAUCACAAGCACCCAAUGGACCAUCUCCGCCUCGUUUUGCCUCCUCCUCUAGCAGCACUUUUCAUUAUUACGUUUUGGUAUAUAACGAAGCUUUUUAUAGCUGAACCGUAUCUGUCUGCUUUGAUCGGAGGUGAGCUGUUGGGAUAUAUAAUCUACGAUUGCACACACUAUCAUCUGCACCAUGCAAAAUCAUUCACCCCUCUUCUCCUCAAGAAGAGAUACCACAUGAGUCAUCACUUCAGGAUUCAUGAGAAAGGAUUCGGAGUUACUACAACAUUUUGGGACUGGGUGUUUGGGACACUGCCUUCAGAUUAAAAGUACUAUUGAAAAUUUGAAAUAGCCGAUGUGUAUACAGGAUUAUGUUUGAGUGUUAUUCUAG